AUGUCUCGCCGUUCCUGGACGGGGUGGGUGGCAGCCCGCCUGGUGCCGAAGGAAGUUGGCGAUGACUCUGGCCCGCGAAGAGAGGGACACAAACUACCGAUGCUGUCAUCGCAGCGCUACCACCAGUCAACGCAAGACUAUCUCGAUGCCCGCCGCAGUAGCAUUCACCACCCCCAGCCUCAGACUGGCGCCGCCCGCGUUCCUCUACGCGAGUCCGCCGGCAAUGCCCAGGCACACAGCUUCAACGGCAUGAUCUCCUGCUACCAGAGCCCCGUAGCCAUCUCCCCUCCCAUGCCGCAGCCGCCCCAGCAUAUCCAGGCGCCCAUGGUCCCAUCACAGUCUUUUGACUGCCUCUACCGCGUGCCCACACCUCGCCAGCAUCAGUCCCAGGUGCUGCAGCAGUCGCAGCAGCAGUCGCAGCAGCAGCGCUACCAGCGCAAGCCCAGAGCCGACAUCAACCCCCUCUACUUUUGGCCUGCCUUUCGCCAGUACCGCAACCGACAGGCGCACAAGGAUACCCAAAAGGACAAAGGUGGUGUCUGGCGUCGUCCCGAGCUUGAAGAUGCCUUCGUCGACUCUGUCCUGCUCAUGCCUCACAUGGGCCGCCGCAAGUUCUCCAUGGGCGGGAAGCUUCACGGCCGCAACAUGCUAAUCAGCGAGUACAUCUUUACUCUCUGCGUUGCCAUCCUCGGCAGCAAGGAAAUCUUCCGCAUCGACAACAGUAAUGACAGCAUUGAGCAGAUGGGACGCAAGCAAGUCUCCAGUCACAUGCAGGUUGUCAAGAAGUUCUUUGAGGACCUGCGCUGCUUCCACUUCCUUUUCCCCUCUGAGGAGAAGAAGGAGCCCGGGUCGACCAACUCAGAGGACUACUACGACGACGAGGAGCAAGAGUCGUUCAAGUCCAACCCCAUCCUCACAGCCCUCGCCGAGGGUCGCCUGCCCGAAGUCAAGCCCAACUACCCCUACUUUUCCCAGCUGCUGGCCUUACAGUCCUACAUUACUGUCCGGCCCAAGACGUGCGAAAUAUUUGUCUCUUCCUCGGACAUUAAAAUUCGCGACGAGAUUGCCUAUGACAUCCACGAUACCCCGCUUGACCAGGCUUCCUUCCCCCACCUGAACAAGUACAACAACUGCGAUGAUAGCCCUAAUGUGCUCGGCAAAGACGUGCUCCUGCAUGAGUACACCCGCUCCCACGACCACGCCACCUCGGCGUCGGUCAAGACAGUCACGCGCCGCUGGCAAAAGGACGCGCCGGCCAUGUACGAGACGCUAGAUCUGCCCAGCCGCGACGAGGAGUGCCUGCUUCUCGAGAUGUGCGCGACUCUGGAGCUGCACGAGCACGCCAAGUUCCCCUCGGGUUCUGAGCUGACGGGCUUCGUCGAGGUGGCCAUUACGCAGCCGGCGCUCCAGAACCACCAGUGGAAGUGCGUCACGCGCCUGACGCGCCCCGCUGAGCUGCACGGUGAUGAGGCGGACCACACUACCGUCUACACCAACGAGAGCGGCAUCCACCGCCGCGGCUGCAGCGAUGCUAAGCCUGACUGCGACUGCCAUACGCGCGCUCGCCAGGACAUCCACGUCCCCUUCCCUGCCGUCGAGUGGGCCAGUAUCCUCAGCAUGGCCGUACAGUAUCCGGACACAGAGCACCAGCGCGUCAAGGAGAAGCGUGCCAAGAUGGGCGCCGCCGUCGGGAAGAAGCAUGAUGUAGAGCGCGCUGGAAGCAAGCGCAAGCGGUCCGAGGAUGACGGCGACGCCGCGUCGUGGGCUCGCCGCGAGCCCACCGGCAGUGACCUCAUCUGCAAGGUGGCCAUGUACCAGGAGCUGUGGUCGCGCGAGCCCGACUCGCCACAGUGGCAGCGCCAGGGCAUUCUCUUUUGGCGCUUCAACACCACCAACCAGUGGUACAAGUACGAGCCCGUCUUCAAGCCUGCUGGCACCUCGUGGCGCUGGCUCACCAUCAACGACCCCAUGUCUCGCUACCACCAGCAAAAGGCGCUCGUCUACCCACCCGCCGGUGUGCCUCGCGACGCCAUCAUGUCGCCCACGCCCACCGUCGGCCAACACCUCACGGCCGCCAUGAGCGAGACGUUCCACGCAUCCUGGGAACACCACCAAGGGGGAAGUGGCAGCAGCAGCCUGCCGCCGCACAUGCCGACGCUCCAGACGUCCGGCAACAGCAUGGGUCUCUUUGAUUCCUUCUCCAACGGCCUGGCCACGCCGCCGCCGUCGGCGACCCUUCCCCCGCCUCCAUACUCGACCGGGACCUUUGACGCCGCCGGCCUGGGACCAACCGGCUUCCUACCCUCAAACGGCACAGCCCAACAGCAGCAGGCGGACUCGCGCCACGGCUCUGGUAGCCUUGCCUCGGACCAGUCGUACUAUGACGGCGGCAGCAGCACGGUAUCGUUUUCCGAGGUCAAGCCCGUCCUGCCUGCCAUUGUCACCAACUACACCACCGCCGGCGGCGUCUACGACACCUCGCCCUGCGACACGACCAACCUGCAGGGCUGGGACAUGGCCUCGCUGGAUCCAUGGGCAGCGGCAGCGACGACGGCCGGCGGCGGCGGAGGCGGUCCCACGCCGACCUCCUCUACUGGCGCGCCGCAAGACUGGCCGCCCGCCCAGCAGCACCAGCAGCAUCCGGGCGCCAAGAUGGAUCACCACGCGGAACACCACCAGCACCACCACCAGGGUAUGUGGGCGGCGCCGCAGUGGGACGUGCCCGGCAGCGCGGGCUCGCAGGGGUCCAGCCCCCGGCUGAUGAAGAGGCGCAGGACUGACGUGGAUGGCCAUGUGCCCGUCUCAACCGGCUGGUAG